CUUUCAUCCUGUGUCGUACGAUCAGUAACUCUUAGAAUACAAUAAGCGUCGACCCUUUUAUUCCUAUUUUCGCAAAAAGGCGUUGCACGUCCAAGGCUUGUUCAACUUCAAAAUGAUCCUCUGCGCCAAAAAUGCAUGAAAUCAUCACUCUUCAGCUUGGGACCAAAAGUAACUAUCUGGCGACCCAUUUCUGGAACGCCCAGGUAUCUUCUCCUCGACUGUACCACAGGCCGGUCUAACUCUCGUGCAAAGGAAUCCUAUUUCACGUACUCUGAUUAUGAGGAGCCCCUGGUCAACUCGGACAUUCACUUUCGGCCAGGCCUUGGUUCCGAUGGCUCGGAGACCUUCACUCCGCGCACGAUAAUCUAUGACCUGAAGGGUGGGUUUGGCACUCUUCGUAAAUUCAAUGCAUUAUAUGACAUUCCGGGAGACUCCCAUCCUGCUCCGGGGCUUUGGGACGGGAACACCGCCCGGCGUCAGGAGCAGGCCAUUGAACCAUCCGAGUACCAAAAGAACCUGGAUCUUGGUCUCCCAACCACGCAACUCCACGCCUCGGACGUCAGGUACUGGUCCGACUUCAACCGUGUCUUCUACCAUCCCAGGUCCAUCGUUCAGCUCAACGAGUACGAAUUGAACUCGCAACUGAUGCCCUUUGAGAACUGGUCUGCUGGAGAAGACUUGUUCGAAAGUCUGGACAAGGAAUUUGAUUUGCUUGACCGUGAUGUCAGACCUUUCGUAGAAGAGUGCGACCAAGUGCAAGGUUUUCAAUUCUUCACCGCGGCGGAUGACGCAUGGGGAGGGUUUGCUGCAAAGUACGUCGACAAUGUGAGAGACGAGUUUGGCAAGACAAGUAUUUGGGUCUGGGGCAUAGAGGACGGUUCCAGAGUGACUAGGGAAAAGCAGUCGGCAAGAGCGUGCAAUGCCGCCAAAACCCUCCAGUCAAUUGGUCAGCAAGCAUCAGCGUACGUCCGACUUGCUGCCCCUCCCUCGAUUCUCCCUCGAUAUGUCAAUGUCGACAGUGGUUCUGAUUGGGUGAGCGCCGCACUGCUCUGCGCGGGCAUUGAAUCUGUCACGCUGCCGACAAGGCUCCGUGCCGAGGCCGGGAAAAGAGGCACAUUGAGUCUAUUGGAGGAUACUUUGAAUACAAACGGGGUCCAAAAUGUAUUCGAGCUUCAUGCAAGUGUCACGAGCUCGAACAUUGGAACGAGCCACUCUUCCAACGGGGCGGCGAGGGUACAAGGGAAUGGGCAUGAAGAGAAUCAAGGGCCUAAUUUGCCAGCGCCGUCGCAUUUCGACCUGGACUACAGCCCGAGUCUCAUCAAUCCCUCAGCCGCGAGGUGGAAUCAUACUUUUGCUCAAGUGGAAUGUGAGCGUGACCACCUCGAGUCGAACCCGCGGCCCAUGACCCUGACUCCAGAGGAGCGGCUUCGGAGAAGACUAAACGAGGAGAGCGUGGUAGAGAUAUUCCAAACCAGUCUGCAGUUUCCGCUGCUGGACACCUUUCCAGACACUCUCUUCGCGACCAGUCGCAGGCCGAGCGGGCUGGACAUCUCGGCGGCCUUGGAAUGCAACACGAGAAUGAAGGGCCGGCUUCUCGACCUCAGAGAUGCGACCGCACGCCUGAUGCCGUUGGAAGAACGGGAGGCGCAUUACAACGACUUCACGCAGAUGGCCCAGAAUUACAGCAUCGGAUGGGAGUCCGGAUCGGAUUCUGGGAUCGACGAUGAGUGAAGCUUCUGUCGUUGCAUAAAAGACAUUCAAUACGAGAGAUCGACCUGGCUUGAGAAGUUAGUGGUGCCCUGUCCGACCGCUGCUUGGUCCGGUGCAGCGUCUAUCGACCUUGAUAGAUCGAGGGCGGCCUUCUUCAUUCAUAGUAGAUUUUUCGCCUAUUUUAUAAAAGCAGUGCUUUGUCCUUGUAUCUAUACUAUUACUCGUAUUUUGAUAGGGAGGCCACCUUGUAAGCGAGUCGUCUUUAGCUAC